AUGAAUCACUUUGUUCAAACGAGAAGACCCAUGUUGGUGACACGUCCCUCCAGCCUCUAUGCGCCCAAUCGCGCGCCGACGCAGGGGUCGGCUCCCGUAGAUGAGAGUGGCAGUACUGCUGCCGCGCACCGGCCUGCAUAUGGUCACCGCAAUUCGACGCGGUCUUCAUCUGGCCGUGCCGCAUUCAAGGCACAAGAGAGAGACUAUGUUCAGAAUUUACGACGACAAGAGCCCGAUAAUGAUUACUAUGAAGCAGGUCUCUCGCAAUUUCAGCUGGGCGAUUCUCCAGAAGACGAGGAUGAUGAACUAGAUCUCGAAUUUGGCUACACCGGUGGCAUCGACGACCUCGACAUGCGCUUCAACCUGUCUGAAGAUUGUCUGACGAUGGAGGAUCCAGAAACUGAUUUGUCAGUUCCAGCGAAUCGUGAGCGUCUAGAAUGGCUGACUAUGCUUGCUUCAGUUCUCACUGGAGAGGUGGUCAAGUCCGAAAAGAAGAGGCUGCAGGGUGCGCCAGGCACUUCAUUGGACGGUAAGCUCAUGUCGGAUCUCUGGCUUGGACUCAAAGCAAAAGCGCUUGGUCGCAAUCUGCAGGAUCAAACAAGAAUCAUCGAGGACGCCCGCAGCGCAAUGGACAGCACUUUGGAGGCAGUAACGCGCUUUCAGGUCCGCAGCAAGAACGUGACUGAGCUCACUCCGUGGGACCAGGUGGCCGAGAUGGUUCAGAAACUGGAAGAAUGCGAGAGCAUGUAUCCCUCGCGCGCGGCCAUGAUCGAGGCCAAGCCGAUUGUCGCUUCCGAGGUGUUCGUGCAAAAUGUCGACGCCCUCAUCUCUUGGACAACGGUGACGCAAUUUAUCCACACAGCCAUCAGUAUUCUCAAGAAUUGGACUGGCAAUGACGAGCUCGACGUCACACAGCCUGGACAGACAGGAGUAGACGGUACUGUGCCUGGUCUGACAGAUGGUUCUUCCUUUAUCGAGCGUGUCCUGAAGGAAAAUGGUCUUCAACGUACAUUCGAGAAGAAGUCGCUCUCUGGCAUCGACACCUUGGUCUCGAAAGCAAAGAACACCAUGAUCAGCAAUUCCGCCACAUUUUCUGCGAUGCACUUGCCGCCCUACCUCGACGAGCUUUUGCUCUUGAUUAACUUCCCGACCAAGCUUAUCGAGGAAGCCCUCAAGCUGCGUCUUGUUUACGCCAAGCGUCUCGAAGAUCCUACCAUGCUUAUGGUAGAUCAGAUGAUUGAGGAUUUCGUGAUGCUGCUCAAUGUCGCGGUAGACAUUAAGGACCAGUACGUCAAGGUGACAGCGCCAGAACCUGGCUGGCUGCUUCCGCCCUGUAUCGACGAAAAUUUUGAUCUCGUUGUGCUUGAUACGCUCGAGUUCUACUUCAAAUUGCUCAACUGGAAGCUUGGCUCCAGUGCGAACGGGUCACACUUCAAGGAAGCAGAAAUUCUAGAGGAUCAAUAUGCCUUCCUUGAUCGGAUAGCGAAAUUUGUUGAAGGUGGUAACAUUCAUGUGGCAGAACAAUUCUCUGCUCUCACAAACAAGCUCAUUGGACGUGUUCUCGGUGAAUUCAAAUCGCAAUUGGCAGGACCGAAGUCCAAGACUGCUUCUGAGAUGCGCAAACACUACUCUGCCUUACUGGAAAAUACGCGUUUGCGUCAUCGUAAGUUGCUGCGAUUCAGCAAAACACUCAGCACUCGUUUCGAGAAUGCCACUGAAUAUUCUAUCGACAAUCAACAGGCUUGGAACGACUUGGUCGCAAACUUGAUUGACACUGGUCAUUCAUUUGCAUACACUGCAGCUGUUGAACACGAUGGUAUCUACAUCAUUGCAGACCCUUCUUUGAGUGAGCGACCGGAAAUGAUCAAAAAGAUCUUGCGAACCUGCGCUGAAGAAGAUCUUGAUUCUGAAGCAGGCAACAUCGGCGGAAGCUAUGUUUUGAUUAUGUGCCCUCCAGAAACACUAUCAUGGCAAGGUCAUGUUGUCGAGGUGAAUGUGCCAGAUCCGCAACUCGACAUCAAGGCCGGUCGGCUCAGACUUGUAGCUGAUGGCUCACAACAGUGUCUUGCGAGGGCAAAUCUCGCUUUUGGUCAACUCAGCCAAGGCCUUGUAUCUGUGGUUGUGCCGCGACGUGCAAAUUUGCCUCGUGUCAAUCGCGAGCUCACCAAGAUCCAGAAGGCAUCUUAUCGUCUGAGUAACGCCAUCAUGGACUCUGUUCAAAUCAUUCGCAACGCCGUGAAGGGCCUGGGUUGUGAAGAUUUGGUUCAAAACACAUUUUCCUUCGCAACCGAAUUCGGACAAAGAUCCUUGCGAUACAUGGAUCCGAGCAGGAGAGUGCAGCACAACAUGAAGCUGAUCGGUCUAGCUAUCGACUGGGUCUCCUUUAUUUGCGACGAUUGUGACGGGUCAGACCGCAAGACAUUUAAGUGGACUGUGAUCGCGCUCGAGUUCGCCAUGAUGAUGAUCCGGGGUAAGAACAUCUUAGUCAUCUCCGAAGAUUCCUUCUCGCGCUUGCAAAGAAAGGUAGCCCGGUGCAUGACCCUGCUUAUCUCUCACUUUGAUAUCAUGGGUGCUCGCUCGGCAGCACAAAGCGCUCGGGAAAAGUCAGAGAGCAUGAAGAACCGCAAACAGUCCUUGUACGACCAAAAUGGCCGACCGGCUGAUCAUGAGCUCUUGCAAAUCAUGAAGGCUGACUUGCUUAAACAGCUGGAUGAAUUGGAACAGCGCCGACGCGAACACCAAGAGGAGCACCAGAUGACGGGCAAAGUGUUAGACGACACCAUCAGCGAAAAUCGCAGUCUCAUGUACCUUGCCUCCUCGCUGUCAAACAUCACGAUGCGCUGGCAACAAGGUCGCUUCAUCGGCGGUGGCUCGUUUGGCAAUGUCUAUCAAGGCGUCAAUCUCGAUACGGGUGAAGUCAUGGCUGUCAAGGAGAUUAGACUACAAGAUCCGCAAUCCAUUUCCAGUAUUGUCAAGUCCAUCAAGGACGAGAUGACUGUGCUCGAGAUGCUCAACCAUCCGAAUAUUGUCUCGUACUAUGGCGUGGAAGUGCAUCGCGACAAGGUGUAUAUAUUCAUGGAACUUUGUCAAGGUGGAUCUCUGGCUGCGCAGUUGGAGCAUGGUCGUAUUGCAGAGGAAACUGUCAUUCAAGUAUACACACUGCAAAUGCUUGAAGGUUUGGCGCAUCUUCAUGAACGCGGCAUUGUCCACCGGGACAUCAAACCAGAGAACGUUCUGCUUGACCACAAUGGUAUCAUCAAGUUUGUCGAUUUUGGAGCAGCAAAAGUCAUUGUGAAGCGAGGAAAAACGAAAGCCGCUGCAAAGACACAGGUAAACAGUAUGACUGGCACGCCCAUGUAUAUGGCACCUGAAAUCAUUACAGGUGGCGACAAGGGUAGGCAGGGGGCUAUGGAUAUCUGGGCUCUCGGCUGCUGUAUCCUCGAGAUGGCUACAGCGCAACGUCCAUGGUCGACGCUAGACAACGAAUGGGCUAUCAUGUAUCAUAUCGCUGGUGGUCACGCCCCGACCUUUCCAACACUCGAACAGCUCUCGCAGAGAGGCCAGGACUUUCUUUCACGCUGCUUUGAGACAGAUGCAGGUAUCCGAGCUUCUGCUGUUGAACUCUUGAACGAUCCAUGGAUGAUUGAUAUCCGGCAAAAUACAGGCAUGGCGAUGCCCGGUACUCCGGCCAGCGAUUACAGUGGCAGUGGUUACGGCACAGGCAGUCUCAGCGCCGGCAGUUACAGUCCCAGAUCUGCGACAGCCACUGGAAGCGUUUCUGAGAGUGGGCAGGUGUUACUCGCCAGCAUGAAAGGUUAUGCGAGUGAGUUGAACCUCGCCAAAGUUGGGAAUGACAUUCCCAAUAAGGUGGAGACGGAGGAGAGAUCUGUUGCGCAGCCCUUGAAAGAGCUAUCCUCCGAGCGCGACGACGGAGUGGAAGUCUGA